AUGUCGGACAACGAAGGACCCCGCCGCGACCAUGAUUCGUCGAGCCGCGACCAACGCGACAAGAAGCGCAAAUGGGCCGACAAAGACCGCAGAAAUGCUUCGCGGGGAGGUGGUGGACGGCACCAGCAUGGAAGCCGUCCGAAUAAGAAAAGAAAUAUGGGGCGUAAGGAACAUCACUCUACCCAACUAGACCGACGGGACCGCAAUGCCGAACAACAAGCCAAGUAUAAGGAGCAAGAGGAAAAGGGCGAGGACCGGCCCGCCCUGCCUGCGGCGUUCCCUGCAGAGGAAGUCGAGGCAGAAGAGCGCAGGCCGAAGCGCAAAGUUGCAGUUAUGAUCGGCUACUCAGGUACCGGCUACAAGGGCAUGCAGAUCGACUACAAGCAAAAGACCAUUGAAGGAGACCUCUUCAACGCUUUUGUCGCCGCUGGCGCCAUAUCCAAGGCAAACGCAUCCGACCCCAAGAAAUCCUCCCUCGUUCGUUGCGCGCGUACCGACAAGGGUGUCCAUGCAGCAGGCAACAUUGUGUCGUUGAAGUUGAUCAUCGAAGAGGAAGAUAUCGUGGACAAGAUCAACAGCCAUCUCCCCGAGCAGAUCAGGGUGUGGGGCAUCCAGCGAACCAUUGGCUCCUUCAGCUGUUAUCAGGCGUGCGACUCACGGUGGUACGAAUACUUGAUCCCGACCCACUCGUUCCUCCCGCCGCAUCCUUCGAGCUACCUAGGGAAAAAAUUGGAGGAGUUUGCGGAGGCGGAGAACGAUGUGGAGGGAUACCGCGAGCGACAGGCUGAGGUAGCCGACUUCUGGCCUGAGACGGAAGAGAAGCACAUCAAGCCCAUUCUGGACUCGCUGGACGAUUCGAUACGAUCCCUCGUACAAGAAGCGCUUUACAACGUUGAAGCGAUCGAUGCACCGCCUGGACAAGAUCGUAUAGUCGAUGCAUCGAUUGAUCAUGAGACCAAGCAAGAGAAGCCUACGGACGUCGAAGCGGCGGAGCAAACUGCAAAGCCAGACGAAGGUGGGCUCGACACAAGCGGAAACCCACCAGACGAGGUCAAGCAAGUCAUCGACACGAUACAACAAAAUGAACCCAGCAUCACUCUCGACAGCUCCACUGACGGUUCUCGUCCCCUCCCUGAAGGCGUAGUCAACCAACCGGUCCUCGAGGAAGCCAUCAAAACUCUGAAGAAGGCAUACCUGGACGUCAAGAAAGCAUAUCGCAUAUCUCCCGAGCGACAAGCGCGUGUACAAGCCGCACUUGACAAGUACCUUGGAACCCACCGCUACCACAACUACACCGUGCACAAGAAGUACAAUGACAAGUCCGCCCAGCGCUAUAUCAAGAGCUUCAAAGUCGCACCCAAGCCCAUCAUUAUCAACGAUACAGAAUGGUUGAGCCUAAAGGUACACGGCCAGAGCUUCAUGAUGCACCAGAUCCGCAAAAUGGUUGGCAUGGCCGCCCUGACAGUACGAUGCGGUACCGAUCCUGAAAUCAUGGACAAGAGUUUCGGUAACGAAGUUGUCCGGAUACCCAAGGCCCCCGGCCUGGGCUUAUUACUCGAGAGGCCGGUGUUCGACUCGUACAACGCAAAGUCUGCUAAGCAACACGGACGCGAGACGAUUGACUUUGACAAGUACAACGACAAGAUUGAAGACUUCAAGGAGAAGGAGAUUUACCAGCGCAUCUUCCGCGAAGAGGCAGAAGGCAACCAAUUCAACACCUUCUUCACACAUCUGGAUAAUUACAAGGACCCACAGUUCCUUUACCUGACCUCUGGUGGUAUCGAAGCCACCAAGAGGAAGCGCGAAGACAAAUCCACGCAACAAAAAUACGAGGAGGAUUCGGAGGAUGAGAACGCGAGUGGUGGGGAGGGUUGA